AGAUUUCCACAGCUGUGAGCUGCACCUCUGCUACCCUACUCCACGCGGAUCUACUGUGGGUGUGUGUCGGAGAGUGUAUUCCUGUGUGUGUUAGAGUUGCUCGCAAGUCUACAGCAUGCAUUGUGUUUCUCCGCUGCUCCAGUGAUGGUUCUCCCACCUAAGGGUGAAGGCUCUGCUACGGACUCUACCUAAAACACAUGAGCCCUGGCAUAGCCAGCCCUGGCGUAGCAUCCCAGUAAGAUGGGAAAUGCCUCUGAAACGUCUUUGUUCGCUGACACAUCUUUAUUCCUUUCCACCAUCUCUAAAGAACAUGACAUCCUGAUGGGGACCAUCUAUGCCAUAUUUGGUGUUUUCUCACUGGUUGGGAAUGGAAUAUUGCUGUUUGUGGCCUAUCGGAAGAAGUCCUCCCUGAAGCCAACUGAGUUCUUUGUUAUAAACCUCUCCGUCAGCGACCUCGGAAUGACCAUCUCUCUCUUCCCCAUGGCCAUAUCAUCAGCCUUCGCACAUAAGUGGCUGUUCAGUGAGGUUACAUGUAUGAGCUAUGCCUUCUGUGGGGUUUUGUUUGGACUCGCCAGUCUCACCAACCUCACAGUGUUGUCAUAUGUGUGCUGGCUCAAGGUCUGCUGUCCCAACUAUGCAUCAGGUAACAGGUUCUCGUCCUGCCAUGCCUAUCUCUUAAUAGCAGCGGUGUGGUGCUAUGCUCUAAUCUUUGCCAUCGGGCCUCUGACUGGCUGGGGCCGGUAUGGUUCUGAGCCCUACGGUACAGCCUGCUGUAUCGACUGGUAUGCCCCCAGCCACAGCAGAGCUGCCAUGAGCUACAUCAUCUUCCUCUUCCUCUUCUGCUACAUCGUCCCCUGCAUCAUCAUCUUCCUCUCCUAUGUCUUCAUCCUGCUGACUGUCAAGGGGUCACGCCAGGCGGUGCAGCAGCACAUAUCCCCACAGAACAAGGUCACCAACGCACAUACACUCAUCGUCAAGCUCUCAGUGGCGGUGUGUAUCGGUGUUGUGAUCGCCUGGAGCCCGUACGCCUUCGUCUCCAUGUGGGCGGCAUUCGUUAACUCGGCAGAGGUCCCUCCCUUUGCUUUUGCUGUAGCGGCCAUCUUUGCCAAGUCCUCCACCCUCUACAAUCCUAUCGUCUACCUGGUCUUCAAACCCAACUUCCGCAGGUCCCUCUGCCGGGACUGGCUGGCCUGCCGACGGACCCUAUGUGCGUGUUUGUGCUCGCACAGCUCAAACCAGAAGGUGUCCUGUACACAGUCCCAGCAGCAUGGGAAGGAGGAAUGUAACUUGACGCGGCGGUCCAAUGGAUUGCCGGAGAACCAUAGGGGAACAUGCAGGCACUGUCCAUGCCCAGAGAGAGACACUGGUUCUGGGGGAUACGGCCCAGAGACUACCCCUCAGAGGACUGCAAGGAUUCUGCAGGGGUCCACACAUAGCGAAGUGGCUGUUAGUCAGCUGUCCAAUGAGAUGCAGAGCGACUUCCUCUGAAGAGACAAGGGAGUGAGAGAAAGAGAGUAAGCAAACGAGAGAGGGA